UAUAGGAAUGCUUAAUAGUGACUAACACAUUUCAGCAGGAUACAAUGAACUGGAGUAUGUGCUCAAAGUGACUGUCAAAAGAUACACUAAAAAAGCUUUGGUAAACACCAAAAUGAAUUGGUAUAUAAAUACUUGUUUAACCAUCUAUGUAAACAUCACAUUCAGAGGUCAGGAUAUACCUAUAAUGAUGCUUUUCAGGGGAAUGCUGGAGCCACAAUUUGGAGAUCAGGGGAUGUACAGAGUAAGCACAGCAACUGAAAUGAUAAAAACUCAAGAAAAGAGAAGAUGCCAUGUAAUGUAUAAACAUACAGUAGGUGUGUGGUUCCCUGAAAAGCUUGGGUGAGCGUUGGUUAGUUACGACUGGAUAAAGGGAAGCACACGUGAAUGAGAAGUAGUGUGAGAUGAGAGCCAUGUUAGGUAGUAUUCAUGACUGAGCUGCACUCUGCAGAUAUAUUGCAGAAAACUAAGGCAAAUAGCCAGCGGUUGGAAAAUGCCGUGAAUGAGGCUAAAGCUGUUGAGCACAAGGUCUUAAACUCUGGAGGCCAAAGCACAACAACUCUGAAGAACCAGCUGAUGAAUGCUUCAGCUAGAUAUCCGAAAUCCAACCAAUGCCUACAAAGAGGAUUGGAGCAGGAUUGUCUCUUUCAACUAGUAGGUCAACACUUGCUCAUAACCUGGUCUAGGGGGGUUUCCAGGACUUGAUGGCUUCCUCCACCCCCCAAGGCCAUGCAGAAACAACUGUAAUUGCAGCCUGCAUUUUGGUUUCCUCAAUUCAUUUUUGUAUUUUAUUAAAUGAUAUAUCUACUCACAGUAUUUUCCACUUAACAAUCUUUAAUUGAUAAAAUCUUAAAAUUAAACUUUUAUGUUUCUAUGCAUAUAAUGAUAAGCUGCUCAUGCUGCCAUACAAAAGCCCAGUAACUUUUGUAAAGUCAAAUGACCUACACACCAAAAUAAUCUGUGGAUAAUCAUGCAACUCCUCAUGGGUGACAGUCUCAUAAAGUUGUAUAGAUCAUCUCAUGGAGGGUUUCUUUCAUUUGUUUCCCAGGAAGCAUAAACACGAUUGAAAGUUUUUUAAAUCCAUAUUCUAAGCACAAUUAAUUAUCUAUUGCAAAUAAAACUGGAAACAUUUUUUUAUUAAAUUAUAACAUAGCGACUACAGAUGAUAUUUGCCUCGACAGUUAUACCUUGUUUGCCUUCGCUUGUCUUACAAUCGCACUACAUUUCCCAUGGUGCUUAGCUCAGAGGGGGUUGGCUUGUUGGGCGCGCGCUGUGGAGAAAAACUAUUUGAAAGAAAAAAUGGCGGAAAAACAUUCGGAAGAAGCACAAGAAAGUUGCGGAAGUGUCGCCGUUGCUGAUAACCUCAACGUUACCCAGAAUGAGGUGGACUCAGUGAAACAGACAAAGAAGAGAUGCUCCUCCACAAGCCCCAGCACGCCUCCCACAAACAAAUCUCCCCGUACCGUGUUCCUACCGACCAGCACACCAUAUCCAGAGGAAGGACAGUCAGAAACAGACAAACUAGAGAUGCAGACAGACAGCAAGGAGGGACCCUCAAGUCCCAAAGUCAGCCCCACUGCACGGAGGAAAUCCUGGAGGAGAGCCACCAUCACCCGACGCUCUCUCCCUGCCCUCCCCAACCCAUACCAGGUUUUGUGCCGGAGCAUAAGUGCAUCGUUAUCACAGCAAGAGAGGCUUGAGAAAUUGAUGGAGGCUUCAAUGAAGCUGGCAAUAGAAAGAACUCGAAGUUCGCUGCAGUCCGUGCCGAACACCUCAAUGGAGUCUUUUCAAAAACAAGUUGAGCACAUGCAGAAAGACUGGGGCUGUCUGGCCAAAAGCAUACGCGAUGAACCAGGGGCUCAUCAACUCCCUGCUAUAGCAGCCAGUUCUAGUGAUCCUGUAGUGCAAAAAGCCAUGGAAAAGGUCCAGAAAGCCAUCAAUAGGCUCCAGGCUGAAAGUGACUCUUGGGAGGAGCUGUUGAACAAACACCGGAGUAAAGCGGAGGAAUUGGAAAGGAAAGUCGAGCAGGGCCAGAAAGGAGGCGUAUCGUUGGACUCUACAGCUGUGGCCCGGUCCUCACAGCACCGCUUUAUACAGAGUAAACCCGACUACCACGGCCUCCUCUGUAGACAACAGCCCAUGCUUCACACUAUGGCGAUGAUUAUGGACACUCAGAGUAAAAUGGUUAGAGAGCUUCUGUCCAUCAAGGAGCAGUCGCAGCUAUUGGUGAAAGAGACUAGUGGCCGUUUAGCGGCAGAGGCAGGAUUCCAGGAUCUUUCACCUGACGUCAUCAGGAACCUCAUUGCAGCACCGCUCUCCUCUGCAACUACAUAGUCCCUCUGGCAGGAGGCAAGCACCUGCAAUCCAUCAUCUAAUGGACCAUGACUCUUUAUGACUGGUUUAUGAUACUCGAAUGCAUACUUUUUUUGGUAAUUUUACUGUUAUGUGAUUUAGGAACAUAUCAUUUCUUGCGCAGUCUUAUUUUGUCACCUGUUAUUGGAUAACGUACGCUCUAAUUGCAUAUUUUCUGUGUCAAAUAAAACAACAUCUAAAGCCGGACUGGUAACAGAGUUAGUUCAGGUAAUACACGUGUCUGGCCAGCAGGUGGCAGUGGCUGGAUACACAAUAUUAUGAGAAGCUUGGCGAAUGGCCAGGGUGGAUUUCUCUGUUGGGCCUUAAUUAAGUGUAUUCCUACCUGUAAAACUGUUAAGACCUGACUGCCAGCUGUUGGGGAGAAAGGAACAAACAAAUGUUGCAGAAACCUGCAAAACAAGGUUAUCGGUCAUUGUUCAUAAGAUAGACGGAACAAGUCAAUAUAUAUGAUGACCGUUCUGGAAACCAAACCGAAUUUGUCUUUAAAUGUAGUGACAUUUAGUGUUAUUGUCAAACAAGUAUCAUUAUACCUGUGAUGAAAUCUGCCAUUUUUCUAUUAAAAUGGACAACAGGAAAGCAUUAACUUUUAAAGAUCGUUGAAUAUAGAAGGAAUAUUAUACAGUUUGCCUAUAGUCUGGUUUAUGUAUACUGUCUUUUUUUUACAUGCUCAUCUUCAGCACAUAUACUCUCUUCUGGUGCUGCAUCUAUUUCACUUCAGUGGUGUCCCCUGACCAUUCAGGAGGAGGCCCCUCCCCCAUAGUGACUCACCCCCAUCUCUUGCAUUUGGCUGGGUCACUGAUGCAGAACGAAGCUUUGACAUUGUACCAGUCAGUCAAAGCUUUGUUCGCCAUCACUCCUAUCUCUUGGACCCAUUCACUCAUUAAUGUUCAUACUUAUUGUUACUCUGCUGAUUGCACCAAGAAGAAUACCCCUUCCUGCCCAAUUGACAACAAUAAAUAUGACUUUCUGUGCUUUGCAGUUGUGGUCUCGCCAACAUGGAGUAUUUUCCUUGUGAUUGUAUUCAAGGGAGUGACUGGAGAGCACAGGGACAUGCACAGAGAAGACAAGUGGGGUUGUGACC